AUGAACUCUAAGAAGAGAAGGCCAGGCCCCGGUCACUAUGCUCUCCCUCCAACCAUUGGCUACGUCAACCAUGACCGCGCCAAGCACAGUAGCCCCGCCUACACCUUCCACAGACGUAUGAGCAGCAAUAUGGUCUCCGUGGAUUGCAGUCCAGGACCCCAGUACCACAUCGAUGCCAAGAUGACCCGGUUCGGACGCGUCGACUGCAGGUCCCUACAGCCCAGAGAAAGCUCAUCUCAGACCUUCCUCCUACACUAUUGGCUCUCUGUCACACUACCGUACACCCACCCUAACCUGCUGGGUUCCCAGGUGCCCCACAAGCCGUCCAGUGCCAGCUACAGCUUGGCGGGGCGCAGACAGGUAGGAGCUCCAUCAGAAGACCGGUCCAUGACCUCUGGACCAGGACGCUACAACAGUACUGAUCCCAGCGUCUACCUCACACAGCCGUCCUUCUCUAUGCAGAGCCGGACUACCCGGGCCAGCGAUCAGUCUCAGAAGCCUGGGCCAGGGACCCACAGCCCGGAGAAGGUCCUGCUCCACCUCCCCAGACCUCCUGCCUUCUCCCUGGGCAUCAGACACUCAGAGUUCAUUACUCCUCUGGUGGUGGUUGUUUCCGACUGA